AUGUCGCGAAUUAUUAUCAAAAACCUUCCAAGAUACUAUGAAAAAGAACAAUUAUCAAAAUAUUUAAAGUCCCAGUCCAACCUGGACGUUGAAAUCACUGAUAUCAGCGUUGCGAAGACGAAAGACGGUGAUGCCGAGAAGGCAGUUCGCUAUUUGGAUCGAUCUUACAUAGAAAGUUCGCGCAUAGAAGCUCGUCUUGCACUGGACUAUCAAACUGCAAAUGAAAAAUUACGGCCAUGGAGCAAAUAUUCUUCCAAGACAAAAGAAUUAAAGGCUAUAGAACGGGAAAAAGAAGCACAGAAGCAAAAACUUUUAGAGGAAAAAGAAAAGGAACGACGUGAAAAGAAUUUAAAAAGAAAGUUCAUAGACACCCUCCAAGAUGAUAAGGCCCGUACUUUCUUGCAAUUGUCCACAGCCACGAGUAAGUCUCGUACUUGGGACAAUGAAGAUUACACAUUGAAUCAGGAGCCUUCUGUUGCUGAGGCAAACGAGAAGGACGAAGAAUAUCAGGACCUUCCUUCCGCUAAACGACAGCAGACAGAUGAACAGCUCGAACUCCAAAAGAGUGGUGCCCCCACAGUGAUUGAUGGACGUCCUCAAGAAAAUCUAGAGUCAGUUGAAGGCGGUGAUGAACCACAAGCUAGACAUUCUGAUUCUCAAGAUAAUGGAGAUACUUCUACUACUGUGGAGCAAAAGCCUAUGUCCGAUGAAGAAUGGCUUCGUCUUCACAGAACUAGAAUUCGUGAAAAUACUGAAGGAAUGCCAACUACUGAAGAUCAAACUGUCUCAGAAUCCACCACUCUCCCCGAAUCAACGGUUUCCGAAGUAGAUAACUCUUUUGAAAAGAGCCAUCCUUCAUUUGAGGAAGAGGCUCAACCUGGUGUUUCUGACUAUGAUCAAGCCAUCGAACAAAUUCAAGAAACCAAGCGGUUGUUUUUGAGAAAUCUCACAUACAGUUGUACCGAAGAGGACAUAAGCUCUCAUUUCCAACCAUUUGGUGCACUGGAACAAGUCCAUAUGCCUAUAGAUAAGCGCACAAAUGUUCCCAAAGGGUUUGCAUACGUAGAGUUCCGCGAAGCGGAAGACGCCGUUCAAGCCUUCCAAGAAUUAGAUGGAAGACCUUUUCAAGGCCGCUUGCUACACAUUCUUCCUGCUAAAGCUCGCCACAAUAUCCUUCAAGAUGAAUUUGCUUUAAGUAAGCUACCUUUAAAAAAACAGAAGGAAUUGAAAAGAAAGCAUACUGCUGCAACAAGUACUUUCAGCUGGAACACAUUGUACAUGAACAAUGAUGCCGUGGUAACAUCAUUGGCUUCUAGGUUGGGUGUUAAGAAAACCGAUAUUUUGGAUCCUACCUCAUCUGACUCGGCAGUCCGUCAAGCCUUGUCUGAAACUCACGUUGUUCAGGAGACAAAGCGAUUUUUUGAAGAACAUGGCGUGGAUUUAGAUGCUUUCAAAAACAGUGCUCGUUCUGAUAAUGUGAUUUUAGCAAAAAAUUUUCCUUACGGUACUACUGCCGAAGAGCUGACCUCGCUCUUUGGCCAAUAUGGAGAGUUGGGAAGGGUCUUGAUUCCACCAGCUGGAACUAUUGCCAUUAUCGAAUUUGUUAAUACUCCGGAUGCUCGACAAGCAUUUUCUAAGCUGGCUUAUAAUAGGAUCAAAAGUUCAAUUCUAUAUUUGGAGAAGGCACCUAAAGACGUGUUUCAGACGGCCUUCAGAAAGACUCAUGAACCGGAAGUUGCCGUUAAAGUGGAUGCGAUCACUGCCGAAUCUGCGAACACGGCCAAGGAAUUGGAGACUGAAGAUGUUGAUUCUCUCGAUACUGCCACACUCUACGUUAAAAACUUGAAUUUUUCAACCAAACAAUCGGAGUUUCAAAGUGUUUUUAAACCUCUGGAAGGUUAUCUGUCUGCUGUCAUCCGUGCAAAGCCUGACCCGAAACGCCCUGGCCAGUUCCUUAGCAUGGGUUUUGGGUUCGUUGAAUUUAAAAAUAAACAAUGCGCUGUCGCAGCUAUGCAAGCCAUGAACGGCUUCGUUUUGGCUGGACACAAACUUGAUAUCAAGUUAUCUCAUCAAGGAGCUGAUGCUGCAGCAGAAACGAGGAAGCAGGACUCUUCAAAACCGAAAGGUACAAAAAUUCUUAUUAAAAACUUGCCUUUCGAAGCUUCUAGGAAAGAUAUCCAGUCUUUAUUUGGUGCUUAUGGCCAGCUGCGUUCUGUUCGUGUACCACGGAAGUUUGAUCGAAGUGCACGAGGCUUUGCUUUUGCUGAAUUUGUCACUGCUCGUGAAGCGGAAAAUGCUAUGAACGCUUUGAAGCAUACACACUUACUUGGUCGUCAUCUUGUGUUGCAAUACGCUUCUACUAGCGGCAUGGAUGAUUUGCAGCAUGCGAUGGAUAAAGCUGCCAAGGAAGCUCGUGCUGAAGCUGGUUCUACUUCUUUUACAGGCAAACGUCUUAUCGAGACUGGCGAAAACGAGUGA